GGACGUACUUUCUGCGGAGCUAUAGUUGCGCUGCGUGUUGUGAGGUUGGUGGCGAGUUUUUGCGAUCGGCGAUGGGGAAAGAUUAUUACCGGAUAUUGGGCCUGCCCCGUGGGUCCACAGAGGAGGACAUUAAAAAGGCGUAUCGUAAGCAGGCGCUGCGUUAUCAUCCGGACAAGAACAAGGAUCCCGGAGCCGAGGAGCGAUUCAAAGAGAUCGCCGAGGCAUACGACGUGCUGAGCGACCCCAAGAAGCGCGAAAUCUUCGACAAGUUCGGCGAGGAGGGACUAAAGGGAGGUGGUCCCAGCUGCAGUGGAGGAGGUCUUAAUGGCACUUCAUUUACCUACACCUUUCAUGGAGAUCCUCAUGCUAUGUUCGCGGAAUUCUUUGGCGGGCAGAAUCCUUUUGAUACUUUCUUUGUGCAGAGAAAUGGAGAUGAAGACAUGGAUGUUGAUGACGCCUUCACAUCUUUUCAAAACUUUGGCAAUAUUGGCUUUUCUCGAGGUCGGGGAGGCCAUGAAAACCUACGCAAGAAACAAGACCCUCCCAUUACCCAUGAAUUGAGAGUAUCCCUGGAGGAGAUUUAUAGUGGAUGCACCAAGAAAAUGAAAAUUUCUCACAAACGUCUUAAUCUAGAUGGGAAGAGCACUCGUAAUGAGGACAAGAUUCUAACAAUUGAAGUUAAACGUGGCUGGAAAGAAGGAACUAAGAUUACAUUCCCCAAAGAAGGCGAUCAAACACCAAGCAACAUUCCAGCUGAUAUUGUCUUUGUUUUAAAGGACAAGCCACACAGCACUUUUAAGAGAGACGGGUCUGAUAUUAUAUACCCAGCCAAGAUCAGCCUCCGUGAGGCUCUGUGUGGCUGCACUGUGAAUAUACCAACACUAGAUGGUAGGUCCAUACCAAUGGUAUUCAAGGAUGUCAUUAAACCUGGAAUGAAGCGAAGAAUUCCUGGAGAAGGCCUUCCCUUUCCCAAGAGUCCAAACCAGCGGGGUGAUCUUAUUAUUGAGUUUGAUAUAAGAUUCCCAGACAGAAUUCCACCGUCUUGCAAAAGUACCCUAGAACAGAUCUUGCCAAUAUAGUAGGACUGACAGAGCUGGACUGCAGUGCCUCCAAACCCAGAGGAUUUGGGGCUGAAAUCAGGAUUUCAGGGUCUGUUUUGGCAGUUGGUAUGGAGUACCUUCGUGUUGCAAAGAACUUUUCAGAGAGUCCAGAUCUUGCAAGAUGAAUAUUGCACUGCUCAGUGACUGUAGACCCAAGUUGUCAUUGUUGAGAACUCUUAACAGCAAUGAGCAGUUACUGAUAAAAAGUCAGCAGAACAUCUCACAAUUGAACAUAAGGAUGACAACCAGUCAUGAUUCCUGCCCUCAUUUAUUUGGCUUGCCUAAGUUAGGGCGUGCCCAUGUAUGUUCUCCAUUGAAAAGAAUGAGACUAAAAUCUAAACUGGACUUCAUAAGUAAACUUCAUCUCUUGUCA